AUGGCCGGAAGUCUAGGCCCGAAACGCAAUAUGGAUCAGAACCCCCAUCCUCAUCCUCGAGCUCCAGGACCACGAGAUCCGCCCGUGCCACACACGGAAGACGGAUGGCUGCAGCCCGUCCAGCCCGUCAUCGACGACGGUGGCGGUGACGGUGACGGUGACGGUGACGGUGACGGUGACGGUGGGAGAGACGCACCUGAGGUCUACCACGAGACUGGCAAAGAGGUUAAGCCAGAGCAGGAGAAGGAACACUACAUUAUUUAUAACCCUGACCAUACACAGCAUGACCAUGGUGCCGCGGCUACAGGCAACCGGAGACCCAGGAUUCUGGGGCUUCGACGGCGGUCCCUUCUCAUCAGCUUCAUUAUUCUUAUUUUGGUCAUUGUCGGUGCAGGGUUGGGAGGCGUGUUGGGAAGUCGAGCAUCGCACGAUCCAGACAGCGCGCAAGCAAGUGGCCUCACCGCGAGUACUAGUACUUCCGCGACAUUGACACCUUCGGCGACUCGCCCAUCAGUCAGCUCAGUCCCCUCUGUUUCGACGGGCUCGAGCUUGCCGACGUCUUCUCCCACAAACGCUCCAGGGACAGCCGAGAAGGCAGAUUUCAAAUUUCCCAGCAUCGCCAUCACGGGCUCUGGAUUGCCACGACUCACCAAGCUGUUUCUGUUUACGCUUCACAGUUCCAACCACAGCGUUACCCUCCAUAUUAAGGGAUCUAAUUCUUCUGGGUGGCGAGCGUGGGGCCGGGUUUCUUUGACCAUUCCUCCCUUCAAAGGCUCCUCUUUGGCUGCGGCAUCCUGGACAGAUGGCGAUUAUGACCAGCUUCGCCUCUAUUACCUUGACGCGAAUGCUGAGCUAGUAGAACUCGCCGCCCGAUGCCAAAAUGAGAUCGAGUGUGAUUGGAAUGGAGAGAAAAGUCUCGUCCGUGAUGGCGCCUCCAACACCACCGGCCUGACUAUUUCGCAAUGGGGCAACACUACCAGCGCAGCCGGGAUCCAGCUUCAUCUCUUCUAUGUCGACCAGGAUCACUAUCUGCAAGAAUUGGACUACGACGGUGGCUGGCAAGAUCCAUUCGCGCCGGGACAGACCAUUGGCCAAGACAGUGGCCUUGCUGCCAUAGCAGACAACAACACCGACACUCUUGAGCGAUUGUUCUAUACCGACCCGAAUGGCAAUUUCAAGGCUUUGAGGCGCAACCCGAUCGUUACGGAUGUCUGGUUUACGAACACCGCAUACAAACCUGCGCUCUACAACCUCGCCACGUGCUUGUAUCCGAGUCCGGACCUGUCCAAAUCCUACUUGACGGCCAAGCAGAUCGUGGAAGACGGCUCCGUGGCUGAAGCUUGGAAAGAAGCUUCGGGACAAGAUUGGGCUACGGAAGCCAGCGCGGACGCCGUGUCAGGGGCUUGGGCUCGCGCUGACGACGUCGGAGGUGCCAUUGCGUGUAUUGGAUGGAUUGAUGAGAAUGGCCAAGCCAACCAGCUUCUGGUGUAUGGCGUCGGCGGCGCCAUGACGGAGUACUGGCUUCAUGAUGGAACUUGGUCUCACAGUGCGAUUUUUGAUUGA